AUGUCACGCAGAAUCUUGUUCGUCUUCACAAGCAAUGACCGGCUGGUCAAUACCACCGUGAAAACAGGGUGGUAUCUUCCCGAGGCUGCUCAUCCAUACUAUGGCUUGAAAACGGCAGGGUUCGAAAUAAAUUUUGUAAGCGAACUCGGGGGUCGUCCACCGCUAGACGAGUCGUCCAUCUCGGCGACAAAGAAUGACGCUGUUUGCCAGAGAUUCUUAAACGACGCCCAAGUGCAAAAGAUGCUCGACGAGGCACCGCCUCUGUCAAGUAUCAAGCUUCCUGCUCCUGAAUAUGACGCAGUCUUCUAUCCCGGCGGCCAAGGACCACUUAUUGGGCUGCCUCAGAACACGCAAUCCCAAAACCUGAUAAGGACAAUGUUUGAAGAUGGUAGAGUAGUCAGCGCAAUUUGCCACGCCCCAGCAGUUUUCACGGAGGUCAAGCUGCGAGAUGGAAAGUAUCUUGUGGACGGCCGUAAAGUGACAAGCAUGUCAAACAAGGAAGAGGAGUUAUGGGGUCGAGUGCCUUAUGUACCGUACUUGGUGCAGUCUCGGCUGAAAGAACGCGGUGGCAUUUUCAUCGAAGGUAGUACGGCGUGGGGUGACCAUGUAGUUGUGGAUAAGGAUUCUCACGGGCGGAAACUUGUGACUGGUGCCAACCCUGCGUCUGGAGGGAGUCUUGCGAGGGAAAUUAUCAAGCUGUUACGAGAAUAA